AUGGCUUCUUCUUCUUCGUCUUCAAUUGAUUUCUCAACUGCAAUUCUAAUAAGGGUUGAUCAAUCGGGCAAAGGAGAUUUUAACAAGAUUCAAGAAGCAAUUGAAUCCAUCCCUCCCAAUCUAAACAACUCACAACUUUAUUUCAUUUGGGUUAAACCUGGAGUUUACCGAGAAAAGGUGGUGAUUCCUGCGGAUAAACCCUACAUAACAUUGAGCGGAACAAAAGCCUCAAACACAAUUCUCAUAUGGAGCGAUGGUAAAGACCUUUUGGAAUCACCCACUCUCACAGUCUUCGCCUCCGAUUUCGUAUGCCGAUUUCUCACUAUUCAGAAUAAGUUUGGAAUAGGCGGACAGGCGGUUGCGUUGCGAGUGGCAGCGGAUAACGCAGCGUUCUAUGGUUGCGUGAUAACGUCAUACCAAGACACUCUUCUCGACGACAAUGGAAACCAUUACUUCAAGAACUGCUAUAUUGAAGGAGCUACCGAUUUCAUUUGUGGAAGCGCAUCUUCUCUUUAUGAGAAGUGUCAUCUACACUCACUGUCGCCAAAAAAUGGGUCGAUAACGGCGCAAAUGAGAACGUCGGCGACAGAGAAAUCAGGGUUUAUAUUCUUGGGAUGCAAGUUAACCGGUUCGGGUUUAACAUUUUUGGGAAGACCAUGGGGAGCUUAUUCGAGGGUUGUCUUUGCUUAUUCUUUCUUCUCCAAUGUGGUUGCACCUCAAGGAUGGAACGAAUGGCGAGACCCGCGCAGAAAAGAGACUGUAUAUUAUGGUGAAUACAAAUGUUACGGUCCUGGAGCAGACAGAAAGCAAAGGGUGAAAUGGUCGAAAGAGUUAUCGGAUGAGGAAGCUACCGUCUUCUUGAGCAAGGACUUCAUUGGUGGCAAAGACUGGCUCCGACCUGCCCCUACUCAUUUCAAAAAUUCUCCCAAAUCAAACCCAACAUAA